AAAUGGCGAAUGAUAAAUUUUUGUUCAUUGAUUGAAAACGCAGUUCCUGUGUCAUAUUAUUUGUAAAAUAUUUGUGGGUGUUACUGUGAAUAAACAAUAAGAAUGGCCGAUGCUAUGGUAGAGCGUAGACCACCGUCACGGUUCUUUUGUCAUCGGUGUCUUGUGGAAUUCCAAGAUGUUGAACAGGAGUACAUAUGCCCCUAUUGUGAGGGUGGUUUCAUAGAGCAGCUUGAGGCAGAUUCAGAGGGGGUAAUUGCCGUACCCCGUGAUGACUACAGUGAUGCAGACAUGAGCAAUAUUGGGGAUAUGACUGUUGAUGAGAUGGGACUGGACAAUUCCGACGAGUUUAAUACAAGUAAUCCACCUAGGUUGAAUGACCUAGCAUUUUUAAUGUCUGGCGGACGUGUGCGCACGACCCUGCCAAGCAAUACAUCAGUGAACACUUCAACCAACAGUACAACUAAUACAACUACAUCAAAUGGCACCACCCCAGCCCCCCCGGUCGGUUUGCGAUCCACCGAUGCAUCACACAUGCUACGACGGGAUCCCAACCCCAAUCCAAACCGAAGUCCUACCCUUAUGGAGGAGUUGCUGUGGAUGAUCAGCGGCGGCAGGCCCCCCGCUGGGGCUAUGACGGCGGGCUCGCCAUUCGUGCUGGUCGGAACGCCAGGGGACUACGUACUGGGUGGCGAAGGGUUGGACGCCGUGGUGACGCAACUGCUGGGACAGCUUGAGCACACGGGCCCGCCGCCGCUGCCGCGCGACACGCUGGCGGCGCUGCCGACGCAGCAGGUCACGGCGGAGCAGGCCGCCGCCAGCACCGCCUGCUCCGUGUGCUGGGAGAACUUCCAGCAGGGCGAGACGGUGACCCGGUUGGAGUGUGAGCACUUCUUCCACCAGGCCUGCAUCACGCCUUGGCUGGAGCUGCACGCCACGUGCCCCAUCUGCCGCCGAUCCCUGAUGCCGCCCGACGCGCCUGCGCCCGCCACCACCGCGGCCGCGCCGACCAACGCCAGCUCCACCACCACCACCACCACCACCACCGCCGCCAACGCCGCCAACGCCGGCACCACCGCUGCCAACACUACCGCCGCCACCACCAACACCUUCACGCCGCCCAUCACCUUUACGCCGCCCAUCACUGUCGACACGCAGCGCAUUCGAUUACGUACUCCACUGUCAAGUCUCUUCGUAAAUACAACAACACCGCACAUCGUGAUCCAGCGCCGCGUGGGCGCUCUGCCUACACUUAUCCGGAGGAUCCCAUCGCAGACUCACACCUGGGACUCCUUGAACAGCUCCAGCACGUCAGGCUCCCCUGCCUCAUCAGUGACGGCCGGGGGCGUUUGGGCCGCACCGACCCGACCAUCGAACUCAACGGGCUCAACAAACUCAUCAACGUCACUCAACUCCAACGACAGAGAUCGACAGUACAACCUGGACAUGGACUUUGAUUAGAAGAAGCAUGGACAGUGAGCACAGUGUCAUGCACUAUGAUUAAAAAGUAAAAAUAAAGUGAUAGUUAAUCGUGCUACACAGUGGUCGUUCUGUGAAGUGAUAAAGAAACUGCUAGAAUUCACAAACCCAGAUAUAGCGGGACGAUCAUUGUGUAAGUUACAUGCUUGUAACACAAUAUGAUACAAAGUGUGUUGAUUCAAAUGAAAUAAUUGUUAUCACCUAGGUGGUGGCAACAAAGGGGUAGGUGCUAUAUAAACUGGCCCAACCCUCUUACAGGUUAGGGGCAAAACUACUGUCACUACAAAAACUGACAACACAUUGCCUACGGUUUUUGUAGUAUGAUAAGUGAUCCUACAAAUUUAUUUGAGUCAACACAGAUGUUGCAAUGUGAAGUAUGUAUCCACACUUAUUCCUUUUAUAAUAAUGUCAUAUUAAUAAUAUUGUUCCAGUUAUAAAGGUGUUUUUUGAAAAUGCUGGAAAACUGACUAACUACUCAAAAUUUAAUAACAAUGAAUGUUAUGUUUUAUGAGUAUGACUUAAGAGUCUAGGUAUCAUUAAAAAAGAUUAAAAAAUAUAUUUAUUUUAUGUAAAUGUAUGUAAAGUUUCAAAAUUUAAACCUAUCAUUUUCCCAUACUGUAUGAUAGGAGAAUGGCUUAUUUUGUUUUUUUCUAUUUCACCAUUACUUUGACAAUCGAUAAGAAAUCAAAAAUUAGUUGAUGGCAGAUGACUGCAAGAUCAGUAUACAGUUUUUCAAAGUGCCAAUCAAGCAAUUGUUUUGCUUAUGGUUACAUUGUCAAACAUAAUUUUUAUCAAACUUGUUUUUACUUUUUAUUGAACUGUUUAUCAUGACCAAAUCUAAUCAAUCAAUCAAUCUUAAAGAUAAUCGGACCCAGAGUUACCAACAUAACUCAAAAAGCGGCGAUAAAGCAAAGUGGAAAGUGGCAAGUGGUGGUUAAACAGUUGAAUUGGAAUCCCAAGCUACUAGAAUGACAGCUGUUUGACACAAGAGACACAAGGCAGUGGCAAUGUAGAGCUGUAUACUAUUGGUUGAUAAGAUGAUGUCAGGUUUUUUUACAUCAUUGUGAAUGUACCAUAUUAAAAGUCGUGUGCCUUUUAUUUGUAAUAAAAAACAUGAUUGUUAAAAAUAAUAUUAUAGUCAUCAUUAAUACAAUAUUAUUAAUAUGUAGUCUUUCACUUGGGGGUUUAGUUUUUGUUGCAUAUACUAGUUUUGAUGGUGUUUUAUUAAAACAAACAUAUUGUAUAUAUUAAAGGUAUCAUUCACACCAUAGAAUUAUAGAAUAAUGUAAUUAAUUUGUUAUUGUUUGGUGUUACAUAGCAGUUCAUUUUAUCCUAGCAAUGUGUCUGUUUGUGGCAACACUCACACUAUUUAUGGCACCUGGCAUAAUAUGCUGUGUUCUGUAAUUGUCAUUAAUGCGAGCAUGCAUAAAGAAGUCUCACAAGUCUCUUAAGUGACUUCUUUUUCUUUGGACUAGUAUAAUGUUUACUUGAUAUCCAAUAUUAUCCUGGUCCAUAUAUUGCCUGCCUUAAGCCAGUGCUGUUCAUUAAAUGGUGUCAGCAGCGUCUUACGCAAGUUGACCUUAUAACCUUUUUUAGCAACUACAAUGUAAGACAGUAAUCUGGCUAGUUAAAUUAAAUUACAUACUAAGAAGGGUUCAGGUCAGAAGGUCGGUUGGUUGUAAAUAAUAUAACAAUACCAAAACAACUAGUCUGUCUUUAAGCAUAAACCCAUAUAUCAUGCGAAAAGGUUAAGAAGAAUAAGUAUGUUGCUAGUUUAAUCCGUUAUAACUGUGUGGUUAUGUUUAGAGGUUAAAUUGAACCUCAAUUUUAACUAAGUGCCAUGCUGUCUACAGUAUUUUGAUGUGCAGCUCCAUCAUAAGUGUUUCUUAACCUGAUAAUUUCUUUAGUGUGAAUGAUGCCUAAGGACAUUGCCUGUUAGGAAUAUAUAUAUGUAUAUACAUAUUAUACAUAUGAAUAAAAGAUUUGUAGUGUGUACAUAUAGAUUAAUAAAUAUUUAAUAAUAUUUUGUUUAGUGUGGCUGUAUCAUUCUUUACCAGAUGUCUCAGGGUCCAGUUGCUUUAUGCCCUACACCAUAUUGACUUUGAAGUGACGGUUUAAAUUAUAGUAUUGGAAUACGAGCAGAUAUUUGUUUGUUUUGUGUCAUAUGUUAUAAUAAAAUAUUUUUGUGGAUGAGAUGGAUGUGGACCACUUCUAACUACGCAUCUCUAAGACAUCAUGUUUUAAAAAGCUCACAUCACAGAAUGUGUCAGUAAUUGAUGUUGCAAAAUUGUUAUUUCUUAAGAAAUUGUAUUCAUAUUUUGAUAGUAAAGACAUUUUACUGCUUUCUUACUUACUGGAAUUGAUAAAAUGUUUGCACUGGAUGUGAUUACGCUUAUUUAAACACCAUUUGGCUCAAUAAGGUCUGAUACGAUCGAUCAGUUAUGUGUUUUUAGUAUGCUUCCACUCUGAGACUCUGAUACAGUUUGGAUGUAGCCAAUAAAUUAGUUGAGUAUACAAACACUUGUUAUACAAAAAAAAAAUCUAAGUUAUUACACUAGUGAUAUGUAAUCUACCUACAAAAAAACUUUGAAUAUGCAUAAUGUAUUCAACUAUUUUUCUUUUUAUUUUAUUUAAAAAAAAACUGCUGAAUUAAUUGUAAAUUUUGUAAAUAUCCUAGUUAUAGAAAAUCGUUGCUGUUCACUAUUUAAAUAUAAAAAAAUAAACCAUAAGUUAUGGUUUAAAAAGGUUUCAUGCAGUCAUAGUAAAUGUAAUAAUUUUCAUUUUUGAAAUUGAUAGUAAAUCAAACUAGCGGGGAAGUUUAUUCAAAAUGGAUGAAUGGGACUCAACUUUUGAAGUAUGGACACUUAUAUUUAUAUGCACGCAAACGUUUGAGUCAUUUACCAACACUGAAAAAUUGUAAAUACAGAGGAUAGCUUUAAAAUAACAUGUACUACACCCAGCGAAUGAAAAAAACAUAGAAUUCGCCCAAAAUUGCACACGGCUCCACGAAUUUUUUUUGUUCUGCGUCCUAAAGUUUAAUGAUUUCCAAUUUAAUGAUUUCCUGGUUAAUAAUAAACAAACACAAAUACCUUUUUUUUGUAUAAAGUUAGCUUUUGUAGUCGUAGUAAAAAUACUCAUUUUUAUUUAUUUUAUAAAUUUUAAUUAUUUAAAAUACGUUACAAAAUACCGCGCGAUCCGAGUUGCGUUUUAACGUUCCGACAGAGCUAGAUGGCACUAGAAUGAUGACAACGAUCAGGUGUUUUGUAGAAGUCCAGAAUAACUGUAAAUGUCAUCGCGAUUGUGUAAAUAUGAUGCUGAUGCAUUUUUCUAUAUAUGUGGACAAUUUAUUAAAGUUCGAGACGCAAAAUACGAGCUGAAUGCAUCUCACGUUCUCUGUGGACCUUACAAAUAUUUUGAUCAUCCUGUUUGGAAUUAAGACAAGAUAUGGUCUCCACAUGUUGCUGUUAGUUAUUGUAAUAACUCUGAGGCGUUCCAUUUGGAAGGUGAGCAAACUUCGAUUAAACCGUGAAUUGAA